UGUAAUUAAACUACCGGAAAUCACACAUUUUAGGUUUGAGUUGUUGUCUAACUGUCUAUGGUUGUUGUACAUCCAGCUGAUCUGCCUUUAUAUCAUUUAAAACUUCGGAUAUGAGUAUUGACAGACGUGUGGAUUUGAGCAACGGCCUCGAGGAUGUUCCUGUUUUAAUUGAGUGGAGUAUGACGUUUCCUGAAUUUCAGUAUUCCCCAGAUAAUAUUCAGGGACCAGGAUGCACUAUUGACCCCAGUGAAGUCACCCUUCCUGGAUGCUCCUGCCUUUCCCGCUCCUGCUUCCCUGAGAACUGCUCCUGCCUGCAGACACAUGGGCAGGCGUACGACACCACCGGCACACGGCUGAACCUUAGCAAAACGAAGUCUGGUUACUGCUCACCUCUGUUUGAGUGUAAUGCCCUUUGCACCUGCAGUGAUGCCUGCUCUAACCGGGUGGUGCAGAGAGGGCUAAGACUCAGGUUGGAGGUUUACAGCACCGAGAAGAGGGGCUGGGGAGUGAGGACACUAGAGGCAAUUCCACAUGGGACAUUUGUGUGCGAGUAUGCAGGAGAGGUGAUCAGUUUUGAGGAGGCCAGACGCAGACAGCUUGCCCAGAGAUCUGAGGAAAAUAACUACAUAAUUGGUGUAAGGGAGCAUGCAGGUACAGGCUCCGUCACUGAGACAUUUGUGGACCCUGCCAUGGUGGGAAACGUAGGCCGUUUUCUCAACCACGCCUGCCAGCCCAAUCUGUUUAUGCAGCCAGUCCGUGUGCACUCUUUGGUUCCUAGGCUGGCGCUGUUUGCUGGACGGAACAUUGAUGCACAAGAGGAGCUGACGUUUGACUACUCAGGAGGAUACAGUAACCAACCUCCUGUAGAGCUGCUGUCCACACAAAGUGACGCUGCCAUACAGGCCAGUAGGGCAGAUGGACUCCAGAGGAAAGAGUGCCACUGUGGUGCCAACCACUGUGUUCAGUUCCUUCCAUUGGAUUUAUCUAUUAUCAACUGAAAUUGUUUAAAUUAAUAUUUCUAUCACAUUUGUUUUUAUCUGAAUGUCAAGAGAUGGAUUUGUUUUUCCAAAUGAUGGAGAAAAGAUUUUUGUCCUUUUUCUCCUGAUUAAAAAAAGAAAAAACAACUUAGUUGUGUCUUGGUCUAUUUUCAGUUUCCCUGAAAUCUUGGUCAGUUCAACCACUCAUUAUAACGAAACAAUGCAACGUGAUGGCUCCAUGAAUGCAAUCAGCUGGAUGAGUCAUGUCGGUGCCCGUCAUUGUUUCCUGUUUGGUUCAACCGGUGUCUCCUGAUCUGCCACUGUCUCCCACUCAAUGUAAGAUGAUUCAAUGAAUACUAAAUCUCAAAGCUAGAAAAAACAGGGUUUUUUUCUGAGGGAGUAAACUUGUUGACAUUCCUGUCCUUUGACAUGUACACUCCCUUUCAUCUAUCAGGGGAUAUGCUUGUUUUGUAUAGGACGUUUCCCACCAGAUUUACAGGCUUGCAGCUGUCAUCUUGUCCUGGCACAUUUAAGUCAUACUUUGCACUGACAGUGAUGGGAGGAAUGCUGUUCAAUAUUUUUCUUUUAAUAGCCACAUAGGCUACAGAAUUGAAGUGAGUAUUGAAAGCAUUGUGUUUGAAUAUAGAAAGCUUUUUGCAUUAGGAAGUUGUCAUGUCAGUCAAAAACAAAACACCAAAAUGCUCAGUUAAAGUAAUAGCUGUCAUAUGUUUCCAUCAACUUGACAUUUCUUUUCUGUCUUCAUACAAUGAAGCCUUCCCUUGUAGAUAUUCUCAGCUUCUCAUUCCUCUCAAACCUCAAGAGAGGUGGGACCAAUUAAAAAAGGCCAGGGGGUAUUUUUAUAUAGAAACAGACUAUUCCCCUGUCAAAGGAGGGGCGAAGGUGUCCCACUUCAGUGUGACCAUUCUGAAAUCAGGACCUUCUCUGUUCAAUCUGCCCCGUUUCUAGUCUAGACCUGCUUUCAUCUUAUUAAUAUCCACAUCUGGGUUAAUUAGGAUAGAGACCGGGUUUCAUCCAGAAAUGGGACUAGUGCUCCAACCACACUAGGCCUUAAAGAGAGACUUAAUGGUGGGGGGAGAUGGAAGCCCUCUGCUGAUCGGAGACUUGUGCCAAGUUGAUUAGUUUUUGUGUCACCCAGUGGAGAGGUGAAAGGCACAGGAUGUUGUUAUUUCAACCUGUAUUUUCUCCUCUGUGAGGGUUACCUGAGAUUUUUUUUUUUCAAAAUGGGCUAUUGUUUGCAUAGUACCUGAUCUGAUCUAUACGCUCAAGAAUUAAAAACUCAAAUGAAAGGAAUAGUUUAACAUUUUAGGAAAUACGCUUAUUUACUGUCUUGCCAAGAGUCACUGAUACCAAUCUCAUGUUUGUAUGGUAAGUAUUAAGCUACGACCAGCAGCAGGUUAGCUUAG